UGUUUUAGUAGUUUUCAAUUUUCAUCCGCUAUACUAGUUGUGUAGUAAAUUUUUAAUUAAUUUUAAAGGUUAGAAUUAUGGUAUUGAAUGCAGAGCCGAGAAUCAUGCAUUUCAUUUUCUUGCAUUAUAUUUUGUCUUUACUAAUGUUUCACUCAACAGCCAUGCCAGAAAACAGAAAGGACAUUUCACACAUGGAACAUCCCAGGAAGAGAAACUCCCCCUUGUCUUUUGUCACCUUCAAAUUCAAUCCUUCCCUUUCUCUCUCUUUCUCUCUCACACGGUCCUAGCUAAUUCUUUCUACUCCUUCCACCAUCAUAUGCAAGCACAAGCGUAACCAGCAACCUUACUUUUCUUCUUCUAUUUCUUCUUCAAUUACAAAAUUGUCUUGAUCCUUUUAAUUUUCAUGUCGGUUUAUUUUUGAACCCCAAAGAUAGAAACUUUUUUCUUUUUUAUAAUGAGAAGCAUAGCAUCUUGUUACAACGAACAUGCAAUUAGAGUGUCCGAUUCAUAUUGUUCAAGACCUUCGAACCAGGCGUAUCUCUGUCCAGAACUCAACCCUUCCACCAGAGAUUCCGUUACCUGCAUGUACAAACUCUCCCUCAUCAAAACGCAAAAACAACUCUUCAUCACAAUAACUUGGGCCAAGAAACUCUUGGGCCAAGGCUUCACCAUAACCAUCUCCAAUUCUGAACAUUCUCUUUCUCCCUCUAAUAAUAAAUCCAACGCAAGGCAAUUGAGAAAGAACAAAGGCAACGAAACAUUCCAAUCCCAAAAUUUUCAAGUCCAAGUCUUGUGGGAUCUCUCCGAUGCAAAGUACGAGGAAGGACCAGAACCGGUUGGUGGCUUUUACGUCGACGUUUUGGUGGACUCCGAACUGGGCCUACGCCUCGGCGACAAAAAUUCCUCAAUGGAAGAAUUGUUACCAAACUUUGACGCAAAGGAAGCGACUUUCUCGAUGGUUUCACGGAGCGAGACGUUUUCCGGCACAACGGUUUACGCGACGAAGGCGAAAUUCUCGCAGACGGGAAGUUCUCACGAUAUAUUGAUUAGGUGCGGCGCGGAGGCGGAGCGAGGAGAGCCGAAGGGUCACGUGUUGUCCGUGUGCGUGGACAAGAAGACAAUGUUCCAGGUUAAGAGGCUGAGGUGGAACUUUCGUGGGAACCAAACAAUUUUUGUCGAUGGUUUGGUCGUUGAUAUGAUGUGGGACGUGCACGAUUGGCUUUUUAAUUCGAAUUCUGCUUCAUCUGCAGUGUUCAUGUUCAGGACAAGGAGUGGCCUCGAUAGUAGGCUAUGGUUGGAGAAGAGUUUGCACGCGCACAAGGAACAGGACAAAAUUGGGUUCUCUUUGUUGAUUUGUGCCUGUAAGAACAAUGACUGAUUCAAUCUUAUAUAGAUUUUUUUUUCGUUUUAAUUCAUCUGGAUUUUAUAAGAUUGAAAACACUGACACCUAUUUAGAUGAUUUUUUUCUUCUUCUUAAUCUUAAUCUCUGUCGAUGAUAUUUGGUCAGUGGUUAUGUAAUCCUGUCCGUUUGAACCGGAAUAGAUGAAAGUUUAUAGAUUAUAUUAAUUAUUUGUACCGUUGAAGUAUUUUUGUUUUUAUUUUUCUUACACGAAACAUUGUUCGGCUGA